AUGAGCCUGUUGUAAACUGAAGAGAGAUUGAUGGAUUCACCAAAAAGGACAGAAAGCACUGAUAUAUAAUCAGAGAGUUUAAAAGUUAAGAAAGAAUUGAAUACGUUUUUUAUUGGAGUUUAAUAAACUUCAAAAGUAACUAAUAAUGAGUAUGUUUUUAGGUUACAAGAAAGUAUAUUGAAACAAGCUCACAUGGAAUAUAAUUAUAUUAUCAAGAAUUUACACCUGAAUUUAUUGAUGCAUAAAUUAUUAUUGUGCAUGGAUUUGGUGAACAUUCUGGAAAUUACAAACAAGUAAUAAAAAAUUAUAUGAGUAUUAUAGUUGACAGAUUGUUUCUUACUAAAUAAUUUUAAAGUUCAUCUUUAUGAUCAAAGAGGUUUUGGUUUUUCAGGUGGAAUCAGAAGUAAAGCAACAAUAGAAGAGAUGCAUAUGGAUUUACAAACUAUAUUAGAUUAAAUUGAUAAAUCUAUACCAUUGUUCAUUUUUAGUCAUGCUCUUGGAGCAGCUAUUGUAAUAAGUUUUUGUUUGAUGAAUCCAUAAUUUUCAAUCUAAGGACUUAUAUGUAGUAGUGCUCAAUUUAGAGUUCCUUCAAAAUAUGGAAAAAUGAAAAUGAUCACAUUAUAAAUGAUGGCUAAAAUAUGUCCAGAUUUAUAAAUUAAUACGUAUCAUAAUUUAUCCUUUGCAUCUAAAAAUAAUCAUCACAUAAGAAAAUUAGCAACAGAUCCUUUAAUGAAUCCAUUCAUGAGCAUUUAAUUUGCAUUAAAUGUAUUGUUAUUUUAAUAAUACAUUUUGCCUAAUGCAAAUUAAUUUUAAAUUCCAAUCUUAAUUUUACAUGGCAAACAAGAUAAGAUUGCUUCACACUUAGAUUCAGUAGAUUUCUAUAUCCAAAUUUAAUCCAAAGAAAAGACAAUCAAAAUAUUUGAAUAAGGUUUUCAUGAAAUGCAUAAUGAUUCUGAAUGGCCUAAAAUGAAGACUAUUAUUACAUAAUGGUGCUAAAAAAUGUUAAUUAAAGAAAUUAAAAUCAAUUACUUGAAAUAAUACAAUCAUGGAGUUCUAGUAUAACCAUACAGAUCAAAAAUUAGAUUACUAACAUCUAUUCUCUUAAUAGUACUUAGAAAGUAAAUUUUAUCAUAUAAUUUUUUAGAAAAUUUUCUUGUUUAAAAACUAGUACUUAAUUGAGUUUAGUAAUAUUUCUUGAAUUAUUACUCAGAAUAUUUAUAUCUCAGUGA